CAAAAUGUUUGACGAAUUCUCUACAAAGACCGCUAUAAGUAAAAGGGACAGGGAUCAGAGCUUGAUUGAGUUCACAAUAGUAUCAAAAUUAUAAAAAAAAUGGAUGAUCUUGUGAAUGAUAACGACGAUGGAUCAGAUGAAGCCAACGAAGAAGUUGUCAGGAUACUGAAGCAGGCAUCGGAGGAGGUCAUCGAUAGCGUUGACCUCUCUAGUCAACAGUUAAGGUUUCUUCCCGAAGCAUUCGGCAAGCUUACCAGUUUAAUUCAUCUCAAUCUCUCCAAUAAUCACUUACAGGUGCUUCCUGAUUCAAUUGCAGGAUUAGUGAAACUAGAGGAGCUUGAUGUUUCAUCCAAUCUUUUAGAAUCAUUACCAGAUUCCAUCGGCUUGUUGACAUCUCUCAAAAUCUUAAACAUCUCAAGCAACAAGAUCAACACCAUUCCAGAAAGCAUCGCCUUUUGCAAAUCAUUGGAGGAAUUGUAUGCAAGCUUCAAUAACCUAAUAUUCUUGCCAACAAACUUCGGUUUUGGACUAAUAAGCCUCAAAAUCCUGUCAAUCAGCCUCAACGAAAUCCGUUUCCUUCCAACUACCAUUAGUGAACUAGAAUCUUUAAAAUACCUAGAUGCCCAUUUCAACAAACUCCAUGGCCUUCCAUCUUCAAUUGGGAAACUGUCAAAUCUUGAGGUAUUGAACUUGAGUAGUAACUUCAGCAAUUUGACAGAGUUACCCGACACAAUUACAAACCUUAAAAACCUCAAAGAACUUGAUCUCAGUAACAACCAAAUCAAGUCUCUUCCUGAAUCAUUCGGUCAACUUCAGAAUCUGACCAAAUUAAACUUAGAUCAGAACCCGAUUGUAGUUCCUCCAAUGGAGAUUGUAAUGGAAGGAACGGAGGCUGUGAAGGGCUUUAUGGUCAAUUGGCGGCUUGCUAAUAUAGCUGCUGAGGAACAGAGGCGUGUGGUUGAAAAUGAUGAGAAUCAAGGAGGAUGGAUGGCUUGGGGAACCAACAUGGUUAAUGUGUAUCUUGGACAAGGUAAAUCUUCUACUUCCAAAGACUCAUACUUGGAUCAGUUAUUGUAAUAUUUUAAAGUAUAAAAUCUUUGAAGUUACUUAAGAACAAAUGAAAAAGUGUGUGUAUCAUGUUGUAAGUAAUGGUUGAACAUGGUAAUUCUUGUAAUGAGUGAAAUAUUUAUGAUAUGUAUUUUGUAUUUAUGUGA